AAUCUAGAAUGGAUAAUGGUGAAAAAAUGUCUAUUACCGGCGAUCCAUCAACUAAUAAUAUUAGUACAGGCAAAACAAAAACUUUGUCUGGAGGUGGAUCUAGAGACGAAAAUACGAUAAUUGCUGGCACAGGAGAUGAAAACCAGAAGACAGAUAAAGAAUCUUCACAAGGAAAGACUGAAGAAGCUAAACCGGCGAAAGAAAGUCAUGAAAUCAAAAAAAUUGAAGAAAAGAACCCUGUAAGAAGAGAAAAAAGAAGAAAAAAUUCAGCUAAACCAAAUGUGUACUCAAGGAUUAAGAGUUUAGAAGACAAGCUGAAGGUUUUGAGGUUGAGUUUUAGUGAAAUUACUUGA